GAAAGAGGCUCCCCCCACCCCCAAAAUCCUUAUUUUUUUCCAACACCCUGUUUCUGAAAAAAGGACAAUUACUCUGAUCCAACUGAAGUUAUUCUGAUCCUACAAUAGAAUUAGUUUUACUAAAUACUAACGCAAUAGUGGAACAUGGUAAAUGAUUUUCCCUCUUCCAUGUAUAGGAUGAGGAAAUGGAAGAGAAGAGGUUUAUUGGUCAACCUCUCUAUGAGGUAUAUGGUCAACAAUUCCUGAAAAGACAGUAUCCAUUCAAGAGUGGUUCAGUUGGGCAAUGUUGGCGGGAUCGGCCUUCAUUUCCCUCUUGUCUGCUUCCUAUCUGGAGUCCAGGAAACCUAAACUGAUAAUUUGGGACAGCCCAACUACAAAUGGAGAACCGUCAAAGUGAGCACCAAGACAACUCAAGGUUACAAGAUGAGAAUAGGGCCUUGGGCAAUGAAAAUGAUGAAGGGGGUUGGAUGUGAUUCAACCAGAGGAAGUCACCGUAACAUAUCAAAGUAGUUGCUGCGAUUGCACCAUAGGAAAAUAAAAUGUUAUUGUUAGUUUUAUUGGGGGAGAUAAAUGUCCAUGAUAUUUUAUGGAGAGAAAAGUGAGUUUAUGUCAAAUGUAACAGUCCCUGCUCUAGUGGAAGAUAAAACACAGUGCACCCUCGAGAAAUGAAAGGUUUACUGAACUGGGUUAUUGAAGCUUGUUUUACAUAUAAUAAUUUAGGUUUUAAGAGAGGGAGAAAAGAGUGGGAGGCAGGUCUAGCCACUUGUGACCCUUGAAGUUUGUCUCCUUGCACAGGCCUGGUGAUCUUACUUGGCUAGCAAUGUCUGGAUGUUAUUAAGGGAUUGUAGGGUGAUUAACAUUUCGAAGAAUCUAAGUUUUAGCUAGUGGGGAUACCUAACUAUGUAUCGUCGGUGGGCUUAAACAGUGGAUUGAGUUGAGUUGGAGGCAACAAAGUGGACUUUUUGUUAUGUAAGACCGGUCCUUAACUAUAUCAGUAGGAACUAAUCUCACAGUAGGAUCAUUCCAUAAUAAUUUCAGCAGAUCACAACAUAUGAAUCAGCAAUAGAACAUAACAGAACUCCUGAUCUGAAGUUAUGAUACUUGAAGUCGGCUAGAAGAGAUCACUCACCACAGUAACCACAUGGUAUGUUCUUAAUUCUCUAGUCAGUACUUCGAUGGAGUGGCAGCAGAAGCAAGUGCUGGGUUUUAGUGAGGAUAUUUAAAUAAGAAAGAAGGGUAAAAUGGUCCAGUGAAAGUUUUUUCACGAAACAUGAGUUCAUGCUUUUAUAUACUAGUAUGAAAGUGUGUGUAUAUAUAUAUAUAUACACAUAUAUGGUGUUUCCAUUGCCAUUGUUUCUACUAUGAUUUAGGCAGAAACGACGAGGGCUGGAGCCUCGAAUGGAUAUCAUACAAAGGUGGGUGCUGACCUGUGAGUAAGGGGACGUGCAUUGAGGGCUUUAGCAAAAGCAAUUGCUGGGUUUUAGAAGAUGGAGUAGGUAUAGAGAGAUCUAUGCUUCCGUAGCCCCUCCGCAUAAAUCUUCAGAAUCAAACAAUUCUGCCAUUCAUUGAUUGAUACAGUUUGAUUGAUUUCCAGUAAAUUACAGCUCACCAGUGGUAAUUGAAUCAACAGGGCACUGAUUCACCAAGAACCCUAUGGUUCACAAUUCAAAUCUGUUCGAUUUAACUACAGAGGUAGGAAUUACUUGAGGUGGGCUAGAACUAGAAUUAAAGUAUGUUUUGAAUAUAAUAUUAUAACAGAUAAGACGUACUUGUUACAUAUGGGAGCAUGAACGUAUCGUUUUCCCCCCCCCUCCCUUUUUCUGUGUAAGUAACCUAACAGAAAGAUUCUUAAUUGUAUUGACCAACAACCACUGACCAACAGACUUUCUUAUGCAUUGUUUUAUUUUUCUUGAAUAACUGAAGAGAAUUUUUACAGGGAUGAGAAGGAUGAGAAAUCUCAGUGGAAAAUGCUUCUGUAUGCUUUAUAAAGCCAAAGACUAAAGAAAGGAACAAGCAAGCCAAGGAUAAAUUGGUUUCCCGAAUAAAUCUUGGUUAUUUUGUCCUACACCAACCUAAUGCUCUUAUAUCAAAAAAUUCCUUAGAUAUCAAAGAUUCUAGGAAUUCCUUAGUAUAAUGGAGCGAAGUAGUUUAUCGAAGGUUCAAUUGUUCCUCUUGAACAAGAUAAUUAUUUGAAGUGUUAGCUGCCAUCAUCAUUUCUUAAAAAUCUUCUUGACUCCACAAUUGGAGGAUUUCCAACUUCGCAUAAGCUCACAUUCUUUCUUUGUUUCACCCAGAGCAUUAGUUAGGGACCAAGAAAAAAACCUCAGUCUACCUUGUUAAAAGUGAGAAAUCAAGGUAACGUUGAUCAACUGGUUCUCCAUUUUGCAUACAAAAGAGGCACACAUGAGCAGGAAUUCCUAGGUAGAUGAAGUGCUACAAUGUGAGGAGACAUUGGGUUCAGUAGUAAGCCAGCUUACAAUUCCAUUUCUGUUUUCGGGAACAUGGGGUUAGGUGAAAUGAUUCUUAUGGUAAUGCAGGGUUUCUGAUGAACCAAAUGAAGGGUCUUGGCCUCACCAAGGUGUAAAAGAAGGAAAUGAAAAAUGAAUGCUCUACUUGGCAGUUUUUUCUGCUUCCAAUGCCAUCCUGUUUUUUCUUUACACUUUUCCUACUCAUCAUUUUUUUUAGAUGGGUAUCCUGAAGAAGGGGGGAAGGGGAAGGUUACAGCCAGGAGACUUGAACUCAAGACCUCCUGGUGAGUGUGGGCUUAGCAUACCGCAACCUCACCAACUGCACUAGGCAGUUGUUAUCCUACUCAUAAUUUUACUCCACCUGGCCCCCAAAACCCAAAAAAAAUGAGGGGAGGGCGCAUCGUUUGUGGAUCUUUCGUUAAUAUAAAACUCAUUCAUUCAACUUAGAUUUCUCUUCCUUGCCUCUGGUGGGUAAAUUUUUUUUAGUGUUGACAUUUUCUUUUUGUACAAAGAGAUCUUUACUACAUUGCAGCAAUCGAUGCCUUGGAAUCUUAUAUUUUCCUGACAAACUAUUGUAAAAAGGAAGAAUGUUGUCAUUGACUUGGAUAGAACCAUGAAUGUCUUAGAUGAAUUAUCGAUUUACCUUAUUUGCAUUGGGAACUUGAAAACUAUUUUUCUAUAGUUCUAUUAUGUUGCUUUGAGCAGAUAUGGAACCAAAAAACAUGAUGGACAUGGCACUCAUACCAGGCAUUGAUCCAAUAGACAUUGGACUGGGUUCAUCAGAGAAGGCAAAUGCAGCUCCUCAAGUAAAGCCAAGAAAGAAAUCAAUGACAUCAGUUUAUCUCAAGUUUUUUGAAACAGCUCCUGAUGGGAAGAGUCGAAGAUGCAAGUUCUGUAAGCAGACUUAUUCUAUUGCAACUGCCACCGGUAAUCUGGGAAGGCACCUAAGUCAUCGACAUCCCGGUUAUGAUAAGUUGGGGGACACUGUAACCACCCAGUCACCACAAUCGCAGCCAAGCCCUGUAACCAAGAAACCACAUUCUCAACCCCAGCCUCAAGCAAAACCUCCCUCGGUGGAUUUUGAUCACUUAAACUGGUUGCUACUCAAGUGGCUUGUUCUAGGUUCUCAUCCUCCCUCCCUUUUGGAAGAAGAUUGGUUGGUGAACUCCUUCAAGUUCCUCAGUCCAUCAGCAAAAUUCUGGCCAAGUGAGAAUUUCCAUGCAGUCAUCCUUGAGGUGUUCAGGAGCAUGCGGGAAGAUGUAAGGGCUUCAUUGGAGCACGUGAAUUCUAAGGUCUCGAUUACACUUGAUUUCUGGAAUUCAUAUGAGCAAGUCUCCUAUAUGAGUGUCACAGGCCACUGGAUUGAUGAGAAUUGGUUUCUCCACAAGGUUCUUCUUGACAUCACUCGCAUACCUUACCCUUGUGGAGGCACUGACAUCUAUCAUGUAUUGGUGAAGAUCCUCAAGAUGUACAACAUUGACAAUAGGAUCCUCUCCUGUACCCAUGAUAACAGUCAGAAUGUUGUGCAUGGCUGUCAUACAUUGAAAGAAGAUUUGGACGGCCAGAAGGGGGGUCCCUUCUGCUACAUCCCUUGUGCUGCUCGAACACUGAACCUGAUCAUAGAGGAUGGAUUGAGAACUGCCAAACCAGUAAUAUCUAAGAUCCGGGAAUUUGUCCUGGAGAUGAAUGCUUCUGUAAAAAUAUCAGAGGAUUUCCAACAAACAACAGCUGAAUAUCAGGAAGGUUCCUGGAAGUUCCCACUGGAUGCUUCCACCCGCUGGAGUGGCAAUUACAUGCUGCUAGAUAUUGUGCAUAAGGCAUCUAAGUCUAUGGAUGCUGUCGUCAGGAAGCAUGACGAGAUACUAGGGAGUAGGAAUAUGCUGUUGAACCAUGCGGAGAAAAAUGCAGUUAAUAUCAUGCAUACUUACUUGGAACCAUUUUACAAGAUCACAAAUAACAUCUGCACGAGCAAAGUCCGAACAGCUGGCCUGGUACUCUUCUUUAUGGACCAUGUUGCUGAGAUCAUUGCUGCCUGUAGGGAUUCCCGCCACAACCCUGACUGGCUCAAGAGCACAGCAGAUGACAUGGCAAAGAAGGUCCGGAGUUACAAUACGCAGGUCUACAAUGUCUUCACUUACAUGGCUGCAGUCCUUGACCCCAGGAUCAAGAUUGAGCUCAUCCCAGAGAAUCUUAACUCAGAGAACAACCUUGAGGAAGCAAGGAGCCAUUUUAUGAGGAAUUAUGCAACCAGCCAUUUCCCUGCCAUGGCCAAUGGCUACAGUGCUCAGGAAUGUGAAGAUGGUAGCGGUGUCUCCUUUGCAGAGGAGAUUGCUCGCAAAAGGCGCAGAGUGAGCAUGAGCACUACCACAGAUGAGCUCACGCAAUAUCUUUCUGAACCUCCAGCUCCCAUUCCUAUAGAUGUUUUAGAUUGGUGGAAGGCGAACAGCACACGUUACCCUCGUCUCUCUGUGAUGGCUCGAGAUUUCUUGACUAUUCAAGCAACCUCAGUGGCACCCGAUGAGCUGUUUUGCCGCAAAGGUGACGAGAUUGACAAGCAACGUUGCUGUUUGCCCCACAGCAGCAUGCAGGCACUCUUGUGCAUACAAUCAUGGAUCCAGAACGGAUUCAAAUUGAAGUACCGUUCAACUGAGGUUGACUAUGAGAAGCUGAUGGAACCUGUUGCCGUUACUUCAGCUGAUAAUGUUUCUACAGGUUUAGAUAAGAAAGUGAAUUCAUGAAGGAAAUGAAAUGGCAUGUAAGUUUAUCCAGAAGAGCUUGUAAGGUUGUAAGAAAAGUGAUGGAAAGCAAAUCUGUAGGGAGGGUGUUGUUGGAUGGGGCGUAUUCUUACCCAGGGAGAUAACUAGCAGAAGUUUCUUUCGGCUCCUGUCUGUGUCUGUUGUAUGUAACGAUAGCAACUGUAGCAUAGAAUGUUUUGAUGUACAGAUUGGAAAACAGUUUAACAAGAAAGGAGAGUAGAGUAUUUAUCCUUUGA